AUGAAGUUGGUGUUGGUAUCAUUUUUGGUAGGAGUGUGCUCAGCAGCUAGGUUAGAAAAUACCUAUUUGCCACCAAAUGGUGCAAAUGGAGCAGGUGGUGGCCCAGGAUUAGCAGCUCCAAGACCUGGUGGAAAUGGAAAUGGAAAUGGAAAUGGAAAUGGAAAUGGAAAUGGAGGACGUGGAGGUGGCGGUCCUGGUCCCCUUUACGGUGCCCCGAACGGCGGCCGCAACGGAGGCAGAGGCGGCAAUGGCGGUGCCAAUGGUGCUGGAGGCGAACCCAUUCCAAUUUUGUCCUACGAAAACGUGAACAACGGUGAUGGUAGUUACCAAUGGAGCUACGAAACUGGCAACGGAAUAAAAGCGGAAGAACAAGGCGAGCUGAAAAAUGCCGGUACUGAUGACGAGGCGCAAUCCGCUGUCGGUUCCUUCUCUUACACAGCUCCCGAUGGCCAGAAAAUCACGAUCGAGUACACCGCUGACGAAAAUGGUUUCGUGCCCAAAGGCGACCAUUUGCCCACGCCACCUCCAAUUCCCGAGGAGAUAUUGAAGUCGCUGGAGGAGAACGCCGCUGCGGAAGCCGCUGGAGGUGCCAACGGUGGUGGAAAUGGUUAUCCUCGUGGGAAUGGCAAUGGUGGGAACGGAGGCCCUCGUGGCAAUGGCAACGGUGGUGGUGGAGGAAAUGGUUACAGAUACUAGAACUUUUUUGCAAAAUUUUGUUGAAUGUGAAUCGUUUGUCUUGUUUUGUCGUGUCACUUAAAAUUUUAAGUUUUUAAUGCCACUAAUAGUCAUGUAAUGAGGAUUCGUUUUUGUAUUGUUAUGGAUGCUAAAAGCGGAUUUGUUGUAUAUUUGCUGUCAUACAACAAAUUUACUUGCGAUUGUAACUAGUUAUUUUAGUACAUCUGUUUAGUACGGAUUAGGGUUAGAUUUUUGACGACUGUGCAAUGGACUGGUUACCGAAUA